CGACUGGAAACGUAUUCUCCGAGGCGCCUUUUCUACACCAGUUCAUUUCUACGCUGCCAGCAGUACACGAGGAGAGAGCAGAGACAAUCAGCUCGCACCAAAGACUCCUACAUUCACUCUCCAAACAUCAGGACACCUUCAGAGAGCACAAUGACGGAAGAAAAGAUCUCCAUAGAAGAUGUAAAGACGUCCAACGGUGAAGCGCACACAGCCGUCGCCAAUGGCUUGAGUGACCGCAAGACGAGCGAGCCGGAGACCACCGGGCAGAAGCUGAAACGGAUCGCCAUGGCCAAUCUGCUGGUCAUCCUUACGGUGUCAGCGGUCAUCGCCGGGGUGUUCAUCGGGCUCGGCGUGCGCAGCGCCGGCUUGAGCCGCACGCAGAUCAUUUACUUCGGGUUUCCCGGUGAGCUGCUCAUCCGCCUGCUUAAAAUGAUCAUUAUCCCUCUGGUGGUCUGCAGUCUGGUGUCCGGCGCUGCCAGCAUUGACCCCAAAGCCCUGGGCAAGCUGGGCGGCUGGGCGAUGCUCUUCUUUCUGGUGACCACUUUGAUCUCGUCAGCUAUCGGCGUUAUUAUGGCGUUCAUUAUUAAGCCAGGUGUCAAUGACGGGGGGAAACUAUCCCUCAACACUCAGGAUGACAGCGCUGUUCCCGAAGCCAAAGAAGUCAUCGAUUCGUUUCUAGACUUGAUAAGAAAUAUCUUCCCAUCGAACCUGGUAUCAGCUGCCUUUCAGUCGUAUGCCACUGGUUACAAGUUUGUGAAAAAUGAGACCAACUCGACCAUCUUCUCCAUGGAAAAGGUUCCAGUUGGCUCAGAUGUGGAUGGCAUGAACAUCCUGGGUCUCAUCGUGUUUGCUAUGGUAUUUGGGGUGGCUUUGAGGAAACUUGGAGAGGAAGGAGAGAUCCUUAUUAAGUUCUUCAACUCUUUCAAUGAGGCCACCAUGGUGUUGGUCUCCUGGAUCAUGUGGUAUGCACCACUGGGUAUUAUGUUCCUGGUUGCUGCUAAGAUUGUGGAAAUGGAGGAUGUUGGCUUGCUGUUCGCCAGCCUUGGGAAGUACAUCGCCUGCUGCGUCAUUGGCCAUGCCAUCCACGGUCUCCUCAUCCUCCCGCUCAUUUACUUUGUGAUUACACGGAAGAACCCCUACACUUUCUUGCUGGGAUUGGUCACCGCUUUGGCUACUGCCUUUGGAACCUCAUCUAGCUCUGCCACGUUGCCCCUAAUGAUGAAAUGUGUGGAGGAGAACAACGGUGUGUCUAAGCAUAUCAGCCGCUUCAUCCUGCCCAUCGGAGCAACCGUCAACAUGGACGGAGCCGCCUGCUUCCAGUGUGUAGCUGCGGUGUUCAUCGCUCAGCUUAACGGGAUCCCACUGGACUUUGUCCAGGUCAUCACCAUCCUCGUGACUGCGACGGCGUCUAGUGUGGGAGCUGCUGGGAUCCCUGCUGGAGGGGUGCUGACGCUGGCCAUCAUUUUGGAAUCAGUGGGGCUGCCCACCAACGAUCUGUCGCUCAUCUUGGCUGUGGACUGGCUUGUCGAUCGCACUUGCACCGUCAUCAAUGUUGAAGGUGACGCCUACGGAGCAGGUCUUCUGCAGUAUUUCGUGGAUCGCACUUCCAAAAAGGAGGGAGUGGAGCUAAGUAAGGUGCGAGUGGAGGAGGAAGACCCCGCCUCCAGGCCAGAAAGCUCUCCACUCAUCGAGAAACAGGGAAACUUUGAAUUGGAAGAGGUCGCUGGACCUAAACCAAGUGACAAGGAGUCCGUUAUGUAGAUUUGCACAGAAUUUCAACAAACUUUCCUUCCCUACCUGCCUGAUCUCACUAAAUCAGUCUCUGCAUCUACGCAGUGACCAUGGGAGAGAUGCUGGUUUAAAUUAACACAGGACAAAGACUACAUGCUUUUGACCCUCCUCUAUACCCAGCUCUUAUGAAAAGAGUCUGCCAAAACUUAUGCACAUUUAGAUGGAAAAAUGCUUGAACAAUUAUUUAUUAGAUGCUGGUCAGACAUUUUGGAACUUUUUUUCUUUUAUUUUUAUUACUCCUUUUAAAUAUACAAAAAGUCAGUCCGGCCUUUUAAAAUAUUAUUAUUAUUAUUAUUAUUAUUAUUAUACAUGACCUAAUACUUCUUAAUAUAUGCUCCUAAAUUAAAACUCAGAUUUCUGUCAACACCUUUUUCAUGCAAAACAUCUCUUUAAAAAGCCAAAGUACCCGCAAGAACCUCUGCAUCCUUCACUGUCUAAUCAACGCACCAAAUAAUACGUUUUAAGUGGCGUGCUGUUCCGUUAUGGCGUUUUGAAAUACCUCGUUCAUGCUGAUUCCCUUUAAAAGACAUCAGGCUCCUCAGAUGUUGGUCCAUCUAACAGGUGCUGAUACCUUCACUGAACUCAGGGGCCAAAAGAAAGGUGUAGGAAGCCUGAACUUUAUAACUUAACUCACAGUUAAGAGCUGACAUCUUGCCUUCUGCAUCCUUGUCUUUAUGCUGACACCAUUAUGUUUUGUGGCGUCCUCUUUGGGGUCAAGUUGAUCAGACGUGAACACUAGCAAGUUAUGUCUUGUGUCUUAAAGCUGCAAGGCUGUUCAGAUAAGGCUGUGGAAACCUGUAGAUGAGAGAGUUCUCUAUGUGCUGGUUGAUAAGCAACUAUCUGUGGUCAAGAGGUGUAUUGGUUCCAUUUUCAGAAGAAAGCCAUAGAUUAGAGCAUGAAUCCAGACUGGAAGUGAGAUUUUGGAUUCUGGAGUAAUGCUUCUUCCUGGGGUGUAGGAACAUGUUAGAUGUGUUACGAACACUGUGGACUUUCUCUCUGUUUUGAAUCUUUUUUUUUUGUUUGUUUUGUUUGCUUAAAGAAUUAGUGUAAAAAAUAUUGUUUGCAUAUCCUUUUGUAAAAAAAAAAAAAUAUACAGAAAUGAAGUAUACAAUUCUGUUUGCUUUUUAAAAGUGUACUUCUGAGAUCUGGUUGGUUUUUGUUUUGUUUUUUUCUAUGCAUGUUAUUUGGAGAAGAGCACAAAUAUGAAAUGCCUGCCAUUUUCUGAAGGUAUUGAAUUGUAUGAGGAGGAAUCAGUUUAACUGUAACUAGUAGUUGAACCGAAUGACUUUAUUCUAAAUAGAUUUUUUUUUUUUUUUUUUUUUUUAAGAAAUGUUUUAUAUAUGUUUAACCUAAACACACCAGCAGAAGGAAAGUAUCGGGUGACAGGGUGCAAGAUGUUCACCAGUGUACUGUAUGUUGACCAAAUGUUUUUCAAUGAUGAGAAGAAAGUCGACAUAAUAGCUAAUUUCUGUAGAAAUCACUUAAGUUUGACUCGCAGUUGAUCGGUGUGCAUUUAAAUCCGACCAAAGAUGAACAUUAAUCUUUUUUUUUUUUUUUUUUUUUUUUUUUUUUUUUUGUAUUUACUCACCAACAUUUUAAUAGGGUGUUUGGUGCUUGCAAUCUGCACUAUUAUCAGUCUAUCAUUUCUUUUCUGUUCUGUUAGUGCUCAAGAUGUAUUUCAAAUCAUGUGUAUUAUUUAAAAUCAAACAUCUGUUCUGCUGACGGAUUUCACUCCAUUAAAAGCCUGCAGUACAUGCAGUGCUGUAAAGGCUUUUCAUUCCAGGUGGCUGUAGCUGCCCUGUUGAUGCGGAUAUAUGUGGGUUUAACGGGUGGUUGUAUCAUAAAUGGUUGCUUGAUGAUGUCAUCAGCAGAGUCAAAGAGUACUGUUAAGAGAACCAGUGAAUGUGCUCCACACUGACUGCAGAAUAAAGACUUUUUUUUUUUAAUAAA